AUGUUUUAUUAUUUGACUUUUACUCGAAUUUUUUGCUUUCUUUAUGGUACAACAUUAACAUUUGCUAGUUCAUUAUCUAUAAGUCGUUCAGCUCGUCGGACAGGUAAUGUUACAUUAGGUGGAUUAUUUCCUGUACAUGAAUAUGGAAGUCCACAAGAACCUUGUGGAGCUAUUAGUCAAUUUCGUGGUAUACAACGUUUAGAAGCUAUGUUAUUUGCUAUAGAACAAAUUAAUAAUGAUGAACAUUUAUUACCUGGUAUUGAAUUAGGUGCACGAAUAUUAGAUACAUGUUCCGAUGAUAAUUAUGCUGUUGAACAAUCUCUUGGAUUUGUACUUAGUCGUUUAACAUCAAGUACAUGUAAAUGUGUAAAUACAUCAAUAUCAGAAUCUCUUCAUAAUGAUAAUGUAUUUGGUGUUGUCGGUGCAACAUUAAGUUCAGUAAGUGUACAUGUUGCUAAUUUAUUACGUUUAUUUCAAUUACCACAAAUAUCCUAUGCAUCAACAACACCAAAAUUAAGUGAACCAUCAUUUGAAUAUUUUGCUCGUACUGUUCCGUCCGAUUCAAAUCAGGCACGAGCUAUUGUUGAUAUCUUACAACAUUUAAAUUUUACAUAUGUUAAUGUUAUUUAUUCUCAUGGUGAUUAUGGUGAAGGUGGUUUUAGAGAAUUUCGUCGUUUACUUAAAGUCGCUGCAACAAAUGAUGAUGAAUUAAAUUUCAUGAAAAAAAAACAAGCACGUAUAUGUAUUGCUGAUGAACAACGUUUACAUCGUGAUGCAUCAAUACUAGAUAUUAGAGGAAUAUUACAAACAAUGUUAGAUCGUAUUAAAUCUGAUGUACAAAUACGUGUUUAUGUUUUAUUUGUUACGAAAGAAGAUGCAAGAAAAUUAUUACAAGCAAUUAAAUCAUUUAAUGGUACACAUCGACCUGUUUUAAUUGCAAGUGAUGCAUGGGGUAAAGAAUCAUCUGUAGUUAUAAAUGGUGACACAGAUGAAAUAGCUGUUGGUGCAUUAACAUUAGAACUUAUUUCAAUUCAACCAGCAAAUUUUGAUAAAUAUUUUAAUGCAUUAAAACCUGAUUUACCUAAUGAAAAUAUUCAAACAGAUAUUAAUAAUCGAACAUUUAAAACAAUAUCAUCUCGAAAUCCAUGGUUUAGUGAAUUUUGGGAACAACGUUUUGGUUGUAAUUUAACAACAUCAUCAACAUGUAUUCAUCAUCAAUUAAAUGAAUCAAAUUGGGAUAGUAAAUUACAAUUUAUUGUUGAUGCAACAUAUGUAUUUGCUCAAGCAUUACAUGAAUAUUUUAAUUGUUCAUCAUUAUUAUGUCCAAAUAUAUCUUUAACAGAUAUAGACGGCAAAACAUUAUUUCAAUUGAUCUUAGAAAAGACAUUUCUUAUGCCUGAUUCAAGGCGAAUUCAAUUUAAUUCCGAACGUUUUGUACCUGGUCAAUAUCGAAUUUAUAAUUAUCGUCGAUCAACUAAAAUAGUAUCAUUAACAGAUACAUCGGUAUAUCCAUAUGAAUAUGUUUCUGUUGGUGAAUGGAAAAUCGAUCAAAAUCAAAAUGGUCAACUUAAUCUUUUAAUUGAUUCAAUUGUAUGGCCAGGUGCAGAUGCAAAUGAUCUUUCAUCAAAAACAAUUCCAAUAUCUCGUUGUUCAGAACCUUGUCGUGUUGGUGAAUUACGUCAAUUUCAAGGUGAUGCUUGUUGUUGGGUAUGUACACCAUGUAAUGAAACAUCCAUUCUUACGAGUUUUGAAGGACAAGAACGUUGUGAACCAUGUUCAAUUGGCUAUUGGCCGACACAGAAUCGUACAUCAUGUUAUAAAUUAAAAGAAACAUCAAUAGAAUUCCUCUCAGCAUUAGGAUUAGUACCAAUUAGUUUAUCAAUUAUUGGUAAUAUUUUAACAUUAUAUGUCGUUAUUCUAUUUUAUCAAAAACGACAAACACCAAUUGUAAAAGCAAGUGGAGUAGAAUUAUGUUUUAUUAUGCUUGGUGGUAUUCAUUUAUGUUAUUUAAUGACAUUUCCAAUAAUUAUACGAGCACAUGUAAUAACCUGUGUUAUUCAACGUGUAGGUGUUGGUUUAGCUUUUUCAAUGUUAUAUGCAGCUUUAUUAACAAAAACAAAUUGUAUUGCGCGAAUAUUUGAAAGUACGAAAAAACAAGGUAAAUUACGUCCACAAUAUAUAUCACCACGUUCACAAGUUGUCAUUUGUUCAUGUUUAAUUAUGGUACAAUUACUUCUUUCAUUAUUAUGGCUUGCAUUUGAAAGUCCUGGUGUUGAUAUGAUAGCAUAUGAACGUUUAGUUAUACUUAAAUGUCGUAUGAAUAAAAAUUCUUUAUUAUUUUCAUUAAUUUAUAAUGUUUUACUUGUACUUAUAUGUACAAUGUAUGCUGUACGAACACGAAAAGUACCGGAAAAUUUUAAUGAAACGAAAUUUAUUGGUUUCACAUGUUAUACAACAUGCAUACUUUGGUUAGCAUUUCUUCCAAUUUAUUUUACAGCUUAUGAUACAGGUCGACAUCAGGUUCAUAUUGUAACAUUAUGUAUUACUAUAUCAUUAUGUGCUACUGUAGCAUUAGCUUGUCUUUUUUCACCAAAAGUCUAUAUUAUAUUGGUACAUCCGGAGAAAAACAUGCGAUUAACAAAACAAUUAAAAGCGCAAGUUAAUAAUUUAAAAUUUGCUUCACAAUUACCAACAACUAAAGAUCUUCAUUCCAAUCAUAAUCCAAUAAAAAUAGAUACGACGAGUAAAACUGAAGAAUCAAAAGUUCUAACAACGACUACUAGUAAUAAUAUUAGUAAUGCUGAAGAAAAUACUACUACACCAUUGUUAUCUAAUCGAACGGUAACAUUUGAAAAUACUUCAGAUUAUUUCACUAAUAGUAGUAAUAAUAAAUUACCAGUAAUAAUAACAACAAGUCAAUCAGAAAAUUGUUUAAAUGAAGAAAAACAAAGUUUAACUAUUACACAAUAUACUUAUGAUGAUGAAGACAGUCUAAAUUCGAAUUCAAUGCAAGAAGAUCCGAUCAUGGUAUAA